GCCACGAGGGUUGCCGAGUAGAGCCGAGUAUACCCGAGCGACGAGGAGGAUCAGCUGACUGCCCUUCGAACAGAACGCUCGUCGUUUCAGGGAAUCAAACAGGAAGAAAUAACUGAUCGGCUUCUGAUCGAUCAGGCGGAACACGGACAUGCCGUCGCUUCUGUUCUGCGGGCCGAAGAUGGCCGCGUGCGGGAUAGUGAUCAGCAUCUGGGGCGUCAUCAUGCUGGCGAUGCUCGGGAUCUUCUUCAGUGCGAAGUCGGCCAUGCUGAUCGAGGACGUCCCGUUCACCGAGGCCGACAUGCGGAACGAUAAGAACCCUCCUCAGGUCAUCUACGGUCUCUACAACCAGGUCGGCAUCAACUGCUUCAUCGCCGCCGCCAUCUACGUGGCGGUGGGCGCCGUCUCGCUCUGCCAGGUCCGACUCAACAAGCGGCAGGAGUACAUGGUCACAUAGACGACCUUUGACCCCCCCCCACAGUGUCGCGCCACUUCCUCUUACGACCGACCAAUCGGCAGUCUUUUACAUCUGUUUGGCUCCGAUUUGAAGUGAAGUCGGAAAAAAUAAUUUAUUUUAAAGUUACAAACUUUUGAUGUUUUGUUUGUUGUUGUGAUGUUUGUUGUUGUUGUAAACGUUACAUUCCUCUUCGUGAAGGUUCACUUUGCCUUCAGAACUUGUUGCAUUUAAUUUGUUAAUUUACUAGAUUUUAAUUAACAAGGAAACAAAUAUAUAAAUGAGUCAAAGAUUAAAAAGACUAAAUAAAGAGUUUGAUGGUUUUUAUUUAUUUAGAUCGAGAUGUUUAUUGUGACAAGUUAUGGUGGAAAAUCCUUUGCAAUAAAGUAUGUGUGUAAAGUCUCAA